AUGUACACUACAGUGAGUAGAAACCUGGUUGCUAGAACAGUACGACCGUUUCCAGACCUCCCUCAAUACAGAGGAGAUCAUCGAUUUGACUUGUUUCUUCCUCCAUCGUACCUUUUUGGCCACACACUGGGUGAUGGAGAGUUUGCAACAGUGAGAUUGGCUUACAACCUCCGAACUGAAACAUACGUGGCAAUUAAGUGUUUCAAGCCAAGAUCAGGGCAGUACAUGAUGCUAGAUGAGCAAAUAAUGAGAGAACUUAUGGCUACAAAAGGAUUGACACAUCAGCACAUUGUAAGAACGUAUGAAGCAAUACUUUAUGGAAAUCGAAUUUUUAUGGUAAUGGAAUAUUGUCCAUAUGGAGAUCUCAGAAAGUACAUAAACAAAACUGGAGCUUUAGCUGAAGUUGCUGCAAGGAGGUUUUUUGGUCAAUUAUGUUUAGGAGUUCAAAAAAUGCACAAUCUGGAUUUAGUGCACCGAGAUCUAAAGCUAGAAAACAUUCUGAUUGAUGCAAACUUCAAACUCAAGAUAGGAGAUUUGGGAUGUGCCAGAAGACAGAUGGAUAAGCAGUUACACACUGUCACAGGAAGCUACGCUUAUGGAGCUCCAGAAUUAGUGAGGGGGGACCAUUACAAUGGGAAAAAGGCAGACAUGUGGAGCCUCGGGAUUAUCCUCUACGCCAUGGUUGUUGGAAAACUUCCGUAUACUGACAAAGGGCGACUAAAAAAGAUGCUAAAGGACAGGAUGAAAAUUCCUGAGUUUCCUCUCACUCUCUCUGUCCAAUGCUGUCAAAUACUUUCUGGACUCCUGUCCUAUGACCCACAUAAUAGACUAUCUCUGGACGAAAUCAUACGACAUCCCUGGAUGGAGGUUGGAGUAGAAACUGAGCUGUAG